GCUGAGGCGUGUCCAUCAGUGUUCCCUUGGUGGUCAUCAGUAGUAGUAAUGCUGCUCUGUUACCUGUGGACAGUUAUGUUGCCCCUGGCGGUGCUUGGUCAAACGUACUAUAUUAAUUUUGUAUUCAACAACUUUCGGAAUCCACAACAGCCCAAUGGCAACGAUGAGAGCGGCACAGUUGAAAUAGGCUCAUCAGAUAACCAGCAAAGAAUCGCUAAGCAGGCGCAGACCGCUCCGAGGGUAAGUACAGAAGAUGAGAUACCUGAUCCAAAAGAAAAUGGUUCUGAUCCUGAAAACAGCAACGAAGUUGCCGAAGAAACUGGGACAACCAAAACAACCAUCAUAACUAAUGGAGCCUGCAAAGAUGAAAAAUGCAGUAAUAAAAAAGGCAGUAUUGAAACGGGAUGCAAUGAAGCAGGCAAUAGUGAAACGGGCUGUAAUGGAAAAGGCAGUGAUGGAACAUGCGAUAAUGAAACUGGCAAUGGUGAAACGGGCUGUGAUGGAACAUGCGAUAAUGAAACAGGCAAUGGUGAAACAGGAUGUGAUGGAACAGGUGGUGAUGGAACAGGUGAUGAUGGAACAGGCAGUGAUGGAACAGAUAGUGAUGGAACAGGAGAUGAUGGAACAGGUGAUAAUGGAACAGGUAGUGAUGGAACUGGUGGAGAUGAAACAGGUGACGAUGGAACAGCCAGUAAUGAAAUAGGUGGUGAUGGAACAAGUGAUGAUGGAACAGGUGGUAAUGGAACAGGCAAUGAUGGAACAGGUGAUGAUGGAACAGGUGAUAAUGGAACAGGUAGUGAUGGAACUGGUGGAGAUGAAACAGGUGAUGAUGGAACAGCCAGUAAUGAAACAGGUGGUGAUGGAACAGGCAAUGAUGGAACAGGUGAUAAUGGAACAGGUAGUGAUGGAACUGGUGGAGAUGAAACAGGUGAUGAUGGAACAGCCAGUAAUGAAACGGGUGGAGAUGAAACAGGUGAUGAUGGAACAGCCAGUAAUGAAUCAUUCGGUGAUGGAACAGACAGUAAUGAAGCAGAUGGUAAUGGAACAAGUGAUGAUGGAACCGGUGGUAAUGGAACAGGCAGUGAUGGAACAGGUGGUGAUGGAACGGGUAGUGAUGGAACAGGCAUUGACGGGACAGGUGAUAAUGGAACAGGUGGAGAUGGAACAGGUGAUGAUGGAACAGGAGCGGAUGGAACAGGCAGUAAUGGAACAGGUGAUGAUGGAACAGGAGCGGAUGGAACAGGCAGUAAUGGAACAGGUGAUGAUGGAACAGGUGGUGAUGGAACGGGCAGUGAUGGAACAGGUGGUGAUGGAACAAGUGAUGAUGGAACAGGUGGUGAUGGAACAGGUGAUAAUGGCAAUGCAACGGGUGGUGAUAAUACGACAUCAACCAUUCCGACGCCGACAACCGCUGAUUGGUUAAAGCCAACGCCGCAUCCACCCAAAUUUUUCGAUUAUCCGGAAGCCGAAUGUAAGGAGGAUAUGCAAUUACAUGAGGUCUUUGGCAUUACACUAGCUCGGGAUCGCGGGCUACCAGUCAAAAUUUUGUGUGAGUUCCACAAUAGCUGGGGCGGUCCUUGGCUGCUAAUGAAUCGAAUGGAGCUGCCAACUCGCCUGCACUUUAGGCAUUGGAUAUUUGGCUAUCUCACGGAAGACUACAAAGAUUUGAAUAUUAAUUUUUUAUCCUUGGCUCACAUAAUAAACACAAUGCGCCUGGCUAUGCUAAUAAUUGGCCAGAAUAACAACAAACAGCCGGUCUAUAAUCUAUACGAUGACGUUGUUAUAUCAGGCUUCAAUGACCUCUUCAUGCUGCGCAAGGCUCAUCUUGUCGAGGCGAACACCUCGGAUUUGCUGUACUUUUCAGUGGGUGAGGUGAUUGUACUGGAUUCGGGCAGAAAUCGUUCGUGCCCCUUUCGAGUGUUGGGCGGAUGGUGGGGUGCCAAGAUAGAAAGCUCAUCGAACGCCCCUUGUGUUUUUCCUGUGGACCGUGAUGUAAAGCAACCCGGUUAUGUGGCCAUAUUUAUCAAGCCUAAUCCUUUUAAGGUCAACAAUACUGCUUUUUAUCAGACAGAAAUUACCACACGCCGUCCUUGGGCCGCUACAGUAGACUUGGAGUUGAUGCAACAAGCAAACAACAAUAUAUCCGUUUAUGAGAAACUUAAGCUGGCAAAGUUCCUUUUGAAUAAGAAGCUAGUUAAAGAAGAGUCCGAGCGACGUGCAAGGAUAUACGAGUCGAAGCUAUUCGGACAGCCGACUGGUAUGCAACUGAGAACCUUGACGACCACAGAUCCACAUAUGACAAAAACGUAACAGCCCUCACACAUUAAACUUCCAUGAUUAGAUUAAGAUUGGAAAACUGCUAAAAAAAAAAACUGACUUCUCGUGGGCAAAACUUUAAGU